UGAAGGGAAAGAAAAAGAAAACAGAGGGGGGAAGAGAGAGAGAUAGAGAGAGGAGAGACACAGAGAGAGAGAGAGAGUGUGUGUGCGUGUGUGCGCGCGUGUGUGUAUAUGUGUGUGUGUGAGAGAGAGACGGAGAGGCAGUGCGGAACACCACAUUGAGGUGGGAGGAGGAUAGAUUCUCCGAUUCGUUUUUUUUUUUUCCAUUCUUCAGUUCUCUUCAAAAGGGAAAAAAAUAGGGAAUUGUACUGCAGUAUGGUGCAUACCAUCUGGGGUGUGGUGGUGGAGCUUGGUGUGGGCGCUGGGAGGAAGUGGGAGGAAAGGAGAGGACGAGAGAGAAAAACAGAAAGAGAGAGAGAGAGAGAGAAUAGAACAGAGUGAGGUCAGCUUCUGCCGGCACUGUAAAACUCGAGACUGUUCUGGUGGUGGGAAACUGCAGCAAUCCUUGACAGAAAGUGCCUUGUCUGAUGACGUCCCUACUUGAAGCUUGCUCGCUGUUUAUCCGCCGUGCUUUUUUCAACAGAGACUAGCUCACCCUCCAGACCUCCUGUCCUCUCUGCGUGUGCACGCGCUCGCGUGUGUGUGUGUGUGUGUGUGUUUGUGUGCGUGCGUGCGCAUGUGUGUGUGUUUGCGCACCACCAAGUCACCCCACCAAGCGACUCUACGCAUGAGACAAAACCAGGGUGGAAAACAUCUCGACAGCCCUGCCAGAGAAUCCGGCGGCCUUGCCAAAGCACAGAGAGCGAGGAGAGCAGCUCGGUCAUCAGCGCCGCCACAGUUCCACCCCCCUUCUCUCCCCACGCACAGAAUACUUAUUACUCCCUUGAAGGAGAACGAUUGCCUGAAAAUAGCGUGAGUCAACUCCCCCGUGUCCACCCCUCCCACAACCCCACCUCCAUUCCUCCACCUCCUCCUCCUCCUCCUCCUCCUCCUCCUCUUCCUCCUCCCCCCCCCCCCCCCCUCACAGAAAAGGAACGUUUCAGGAAGGCUCGGGCGACGACGGGUGGAAGGACAGUCUUUCUCAGUCCACGCCGUGAGCAUGUCCCCUCUGUCCUGCCAGCGGCCUGCACCUGGGACCGAGUGACGGAUGAGUGUCGUCGCCGUGAUUGACAGCUCUGCUCCAAGCGGCUGUCGUGCGUGUUGCCACGGAGGCUUGUAAAGCCGUGACACCACCACCACCACCACCACCACCACUCCCUUUCUCUCUCCAGAGGGGCACAGCUUUGCUGGAAAACUCAGACAAACAAACACAAGACGAAACAGCAGGCGCUUUUUGGCAACAGCAACGUAUUUUGGGCAAACUCUAUGUGACGUGCUUUUUUAGAUUGUCUAUUUUUGUUUAACCCUCCCCCAUACACACAUACAAAAUCCCCCACCUCUGUCCUGUUGACACCUUGUCUUAAAAGUGACUGCUAGCCUUUGCCACACCAGCUAUUUGCUAUGGCUUUGAACAUCGCCUCGAUACGAGACACAAAAUGGCUGACCCUGGAAGUGUGCCGUCAGUUUCAAAGGGGGACCUGCUCGCGCAGUGACGAGGAAUGCAAAUUCGCCCACCCGCCCAAGAGCUGCCAGGUGGAGAAUGGGAGGGUGAUCGCCUGCUUCGACUCGCUAAAGGGCCGGUGCACAAGAGAAAACUGCAAGUAUCUACAUCCUCCAGCGCAUCUGAAGACCCAGCUGGAGAUCAAUGGGCGAAACAACCUGAUACAGCAGAAGACGGCCGCGGCCAUGUUGGCUCAACAGAUGCAGUUCAUGAUCCCAGGCACAACCAUGCAGCCAGUGCCUACGUUUCCGGUGAGCCAGGGUCUGGGCUCUAACCACGGCUUGAGCUACGCGCCAUACCUGACGCCCAUGAGCCACGGCAUGGGCCUGGUCCCCACGGAGAUGCUCCCCAGCACCCCCGUCAUCGUCCCCGGCAGCCCGCCGAUCAAUGUCCAGGGCUCCUCCUCGCAGAAGCUGCUGCGCACCGACAAGCUGGAGGUGUGUCGUGAGUUCCAGCGGGGCAACUGUGCCCGGGGCGAGACGGACUGCCGCUUUGCGCACCCGAGCGACAGCCCCAUGAUCGACACGAGCGACAACACGGUGACGGUGUGCAUGGACUACAUCAAGAGCCGCUGCUCGCGCGAGAAGUGCAAGUACUUCCACCCGCCCACGCACCUGCAGGCCAAGAUCAAAGCCGCGCAGCACCAGGCCAACCAGACGGCCGUGGCAGCACAGGCCGCCGCUGCCGCUGCCAUGACUCAGUCGACUGCCAAAGCAAUGAAGCGACCCCUCGAGGCAACUGUAGAUCUGGCCUUCCCUCAUAGCAUGCUGCAGCCCCUACCAAAGAGACCGGCCCUGGAGAAGAGCAACGGGGCCAGCACCCUCUUCAACCCCAGCGUCUUGCACUACCAGCAGGCUCUGGCUAAUGCACAGCUCCAGCAGCCUGCCACUUUCUUUCCCACAGGGUCAGUCUUGUGCAUGACUCCUGCUAGCGGCAUUGAUCAUCCUGAAAUAGGCCAUGGGAGGGGAACUCUGUGUCAAGAAGCUGCAUUACGAAGCCCAAAACAGCCCAUCUGUAAAUACUACUACCCCACACCAGUAGAGCUACAGCAACAUGCAUGUUAAAACUAUACAAAACUACACUACCAAUCAAAUCUGAUACUUAUACCAUGUGAAGUGCUGAUGUAAUAUACAGUAUACAGUGUAAAUUUACUGCUAGGAAGAAAAAAAAAUCUACGUACAGACAUUGAAAUGAUACAAUUGGACUUUGACAAAGAAGAGUUGAAGAAAACAAAUAUGUAUAGCACAUGUGUUUUCAAGGCGGAAGCAACAAUUUUUAUUUAAAUGGUUGUUCCUUCGUCAGAUUACGUGAAACCUUUUCAUAUUUGUUUUAGAUCUGAAAAUCAAACUCUGCACAAUGUUCAUCCUAGGGAAAAGAUUUAAAAAGAAAAAAUGUCUUAUUUGCACUGUUCUAAAAGAAGUUAGUGCUUAAUAUUAAGUGCUUAAUUGUUUUUGAAGGGGAAUAGUCACAGAAAAGACCCUCUAAAGCAUGUCUUAGAAACUCGCCGAUCGGGCUUGCCUACUGUUUGUUCUCCCGGCAUGAGGGAUUGCUUCAUUUAUCUUGUCCCUCCUUCUUGCCCAUUUUACUCGUUUGACAAACAGAAACAUGAAUGUCAAAGGGGAGACCAGCUGUAUUUUUUUUUUUUUUUUUUAAUUUUGGUGACCAGCUGUAGUUUUUUCUGUCCUCUGAGAAUGUGCUCCCCUUGCCAAACCUCCUGGAUGACAACAUCUUUCUCUCAUUGUGUCUCUGGACCUGCUUGACAAACCUCAACAGUGGAAAAGUUAACAUUCAUUUUCCAUGCAGACAUUCUAGUCAAUAUGAACAAAAAAAAAGAAAAGAUGAUAUUGAGAGAUUUAUUCUGGAAAGAAACAUGCACACUGGCUACCGAUGUGCCAUAAUCUGGAUACUGUCUGUGACUCCGAAAAGGACUGUUUUUUUUUCUGUUCCAGCAUUUUUUUGUUUGUUUGUAUGCCUGAUUUUUUUUUGCCCAUUUGGGGGCAGGAUGAUUAUUUGCAUGUGUGUGCAUAUACAUGUUUAUGUUUGUGUGUGAGAGAGAGAGACUGUGUGUGUGUGUGUGUGUGUGAGCGGGUGUGUGUGCGGGUGCAUGUGUGUGUGUGUGUGUGUGUGUGUGUGUGUGUGUGUGCGUGCGUGUGUGUCUGUGUCUGUGUGUCUGUGUCUUUGUGCAUCAGGGGUGAAAGUGAGGAUAAGAAAAGCAGCAGCCAUCGGGAACUUACCUGUGGCUUCUAUUCCGUGCCAAGGGCUUAUACCAAGCUGGAAAACUGCUGAGACAGACACAUACACACGUGCACACACGUGCACACACACACAGUGUAAGCCUGGUGUAUUCUAUAGGCACAUUUUUGUCCAUUAAGUCCAGUCUAAAGGAGCACUUAUACCAAUCAGAGAAGUUGGAGGAGAAACCAGAGGAAAUGGAAGGGGGCACCAGAUUCAAGUGCUUAGGCUCCCGAUGGGGCAGGAGUCUGUUUUGUUUUUGUUUUUUUUUCUGUUUUGUCCAGCUUUAUCAAGGACUAUCUGUACGGAGGGCUAUCUGUGACUGACUACUGCCAGUGUGCUCUCACCUGGAAUCCUGUUUUAUUUGACAAACAGUAGAAAAGUGCCUAAGCAAAUAAUCUUUCACGCAGCAGACAUCUUGAGAAGAUGCUGGUGUCUGGGAAGGAAGGAGAGAGAGAGAACUCCUCCACAAAUGCGCACACACAGACACAGACACACACACACGUACACACACACGUACACACACUUUGGAGUUGUGAGUCCCCCUAAUAGUUUGACAAAUAAGAACAUUGUAAAGAAAAAUUGAGGGAAAAAUCCAAUGGUUAAACACAUUUCAUGCACAAACAACAAUGUUUAAAUCUGUUUCACCAUGUUAUGAACUUAUGAUGCAUCAGUUAACACCAUGUGUACUUUUCACCAGAAAAUAACUGUUGACAGUUUGGGCAGAAUGUUCAGUAAUGAUUGAUAAUGUACUCUUUGUUUUGUAGUAUUGAUUAUUUUUGUAGUUUAUACUGGAAAAAGUAAUUGAGUGGGGACACAAGAAAUAUAUUGUGAUGUAAUUCACUGUCUGUAAUAUCUAUAUAUAUAUGUGUGUAUUCAUUGACAUUUCAAUAUACUUGCGAUGAACACGGUAGGUGUCACAGAAAUGACAACCACAGAGAUCAUUGAAGUCAGGACUAUCACCAGGCUCGGCGUGACUGUGUUUAAAGCCAGGGACGUAGUCCUAUACUCUUGUCAAAUUAAUGUCCAUUUUAUUAUCUGAUAUAUUUUACUAUUUCUCUACUACAGACUGUAUUUUACUCUACAGCAGUAGAAUGCGACGAGGAAGUACACGCAGCCUUCUAUUUCCCUUUUCUCUCAUGUGUGUGGCUAUGUAUGUGGAGUGUGUGUACGGAAAACUGUGUGUGUUUGUUUGGGUGAAGAGUAUGUGAGGGUGUCUUGCAUGCAUGCAUGUGUAUAUAUGUGCACAUGCCUGGGCACAUGGUGAUGUGUUUAAAGACAAAAAAAUCAAAUCGGAAUCAUGAUGUAUUUUCAUGGUGCUUUGAUGAACACAGACAAUCCACAGACUUCUUUGGUUCCAUGAGAUUAAGGCACUGGUCUUAGUUUUUUUUUUUUUUUUUUUUUCUGAUUUAGUUUUCUUCACAAAAGUUACAGUUUUAAUGUAAUUUUUGAUGUGGAAAGUCAUUUAAGUAUAUUUUAAUUUCAUUUUAUUUUAUUUGUUUUGUUAAAUAAUAGUUCUAGAACAAUGUUGUAACCUAUAUUUUAAAAUGAAUGUAAUUUAUUAAGCUGUGCUUACCUCUGCAUGGUUGGUCCCUCAACUGGCUCUUUGUCGAGGGUCAGAUUUGUCAGGAAGAAGCAGAGAAAGAGGGUUAAGUCUUGACUCUCUUUGCCUGCUUUUCUCCCUUUCAGCAACAGUGGACAAUGCAUUGCAGUGAAGGCAAGGCUUUGGAAUUGCUUGUAUUAUGUAAAACUACAACAACAUAAAAAAAAAGAAAACAAAAAAAUGUUUAUUGUAUAGGUAACAUUUUACCAAAAAAAUAUAGAAAAAAAAUACUUUACACUGUAGUAUAAUAGUUAUUUCAUAACAAUAUUAAGUUGUUGCUGUGGCAACCUAAAGUUGCAAUGACUAAAGUUCGGUAUUUUUGUAAAUGUUUGUUCAGUUCAUUUUUUUAGAACACAGUACAACAUUAGAUUGUGAUGCAGAUAUGGGAUCAUUUCCUGUUUUGUUGAGAUUGUAUACCAUGUUUUCUUUUUUUUUUUUUUUUUAGUAGGAUUAUCAGACUUUGUCAGUGUAAGUUUUAAGAUAUGAUAGGAAGUACUUGCCAAUUGUAUGUAGUGUGAAAUAACUUAAGAAAUAGUCCACCAACAAUAUAGUUGAGCCAUAAUCUAUUCAGCUGUUCCCCAUUUUACAUGAUUGACUAAAGGAACUCCUGGCUUUAUGAAAUGCCAGUGAUAAUAUGUAGAGUGAAACAAAUAUUGCACUUUGUUCCCAUGUUAAAAAAACAAAAAAAACAAAUUGAUGCUCAUUGAGUAUGGUAUGGCAACGUUACAAUAUCAAGCAGGUUAUUCAUUGCUCAUGACAAUAUAGAGUAUAAUAUUCAACAAGCAUCUUGCAUGACAUCAUCACUUCAAAUUAGAGGUUAAUUUACUUAAAAGGACAGUAACAAUAGAAAAUAUAAUGAUAUAUUGAAUGUGUGUUGUAAUACUAAAAUAUAUAGAGAUAUAUUAUUUUACAAAGAAUAUGCUCAUCAUACACAAUUGUGUAAGCCCCGGGUUUGGAUGUGCUACACCCAAAUCAAAUAGAAAUGUUAUGACAAGUCCUACUUUAGUUAUUAAGACAGACUGAUGGUGUAAGUUUAAAAGAAGCACUUUCUGACCAGUUUGAUUGACUGAGCAGACACAGCUUAUCCAAACACCUUGCCUUACCUUAAGUCCACUGUUCUUAAGAUUUUAUAUUUAACAGCUCUUAAAUGUAAAAGGUUGAACUGAACCAGUCUUUUUUGUUGUUGUUAUUUUUGGAGGGAGGGGAGGGUUGGGGAGAAGGCAAAAAAAAAAAAAAAUAAACCAUGUUUUUCUGUUGUGAGGCCAAAAGGAUUAACUGAUUUACGAGACUCAUGUGGUUGAGUCUCCUUUUCAUUUGUUGUUAAAAUUGUCAUUGAGAAUUUGGUGGCCACCUUGUGCCAUAAUUGAUUUUAACUGAGGGGUGUUUAUGUUACUCAAUUUUAAUCAGAAAUGCAGUUGCCCAUCUGAAUCACCAAACAAAGACAAGAAAGACAAAAUGAUAACGAAACCAACUCCUUGGAUAACAAUACUUUUUGUGUAAUCAUUUCAAAACCAUUAUUUGUGCAUAUAUAUAUAUUAUGUGCUAUUUUAUGUUCUAUAGUCAAAUGUUUUUGGUUCAAGUUAAAUAGUGUAAAAUUUAUUGAAAGAAAUAAAAAUAUAAGGAUUU